UGUUAUCGUGACGUCAACGAGGCCAUGAAUUUUUUACUACACAGCUUUACAGAGAAGGAAUAUUGACUAUGAACUGUGUAAUGCAAUGUGAUUUUGUGAUGCUUUUGCAUUUUAUUUAACGUGAUGUAGCAUAUUCAAGAAAUGGUUCGAGAAACCAGAUAUCUCUUAGUUGGGAAUUUACCCGAAAAUGUUACGGAAGAGGAGAUAUCGGAAUAUUUUAAAAGAUUCAGUAAAAUUCAAAGUGUGAAAAUUCAUGGGAAAAAGGAAAGUGAAGAUUUUGUUUGUGCCACUGUUGCUUUUGCGGACAUAAAGUCUGCGUCAAAGGCUAACAAUGCGGAUAAUUCUUUAUGUGGAAAAGUUUUAACGACAGCAUAUAGUGAAGGAUCUGCUACAGGAAGUGUUGUUAAGAGGACAUUGGACGAACCUCGUCCCAGUUUUAGUGCUAUUAGGCCCAGUACCUUUCCAAGGAAGGGGCCUGAGGAUGGUGAGGUGUAUGAAGGGAGGGACUAUUAUUCCAGCCAGUUGGGACAGUAUAAUACAGGGUACACAGAGGAAUACCAACGGGGCAGGCCUCGUGAUCGAUUCCCACCACGUGGAGGAUUUAAACAAUUUGACAGGGGAGGACAUCACCAAUGGACAGCUGGUAGACGUUUUGGAGAAGGUCACAGGUCAAAUUCAUCGAGUGAUCGAGAUGCAUUUGAAAAACCAAGACCUCCACAGUCACCUGCUAGAUCAACAUCACAGACAAGCAGAAAAAGUCCAAAAAUGAAGCGAAAGCAAUCAAAUUCUACUAGUCGUUCAAGGUCGGGGUCUUCAGAUUCAAGUUCAAGUAGUAGCUAUAGCGACUCGUCUUCUGACAGCAGCAGGUCAAGGUCAAAAUCUGGAAGCAGGAGUAGUACUCGUGCAGGCAGAUCCAAAUUACCGUCCACAGGGUCACAGGUCAAGUCAGGGAGGUCAAGGUCACAAGAAUCGAUAGGCAGUGACAACACAGAAACUACAGAGGGAGGAGGACGCCCACAUGGUAUCAGAAUCACCAACCUUCCUGGCAGAUCUAGUGACACAAGCUUACGAGAUGGACUUUUCCAUGAGUAUAAAAAGUAUGGCAAAGUGAAUGCUGUGCAGAUCUCAGGAAAUGGGGAUGGGCGAUAUGCUAUCGUCAGUUUCAAAAAGUCGGAAGAUGCUCGUAAAGCAAAUGUUGCCUCUCAGGACAAAAGAUUCUUUGGUGCAAAUAUCAGAGUAUCGGAGCAUGAGGGCAUAGAUGUUGAUGACGCAGAAUUCCGUCCACCAGAAGCUGAACUAGAUGAGCACCACCCUAAAGCCACUAGGACAUUGUUUGUUGGUAACCUAGAGAAGGAAAUCACCAUGGAAGAACUGAAGGAUAUGUUUUCUAAAUAUGGAGACAUUUUGGACAUCGAUGUAAAAAGGCAAGGUGCAAUAUCGGCCUACUCGUUUAUCCAGUUUACAGAUAUACGGAGUGUUGUGAAAGCUCUCCGGGCUCUAGAUGGUGAAACCAUGGGAGGAAUGAAGUUAAAGCUUGGUUUUGGAAAGAGCAUGCCAACAAACUGUGUCUGGGUGGACAACUUAGCAGACACUGUUCAGGAGAAGUUUCUUUUUAGACAGUUCAAUCGCUAUGGCCCAGUUUCCAAUAUGGUCAUCGACAGAGAACGAGGCAAAGCUCUUAUUUUCUUCAGCAGUCUAGAAAGCGCACAGUUUGCACUAAGUGAAAUGAGGAAUAGAAUCUUAAACGGCCAGAAAAUUCAGAUUGAUUUUGGCAGCAGAGACUGCCAGACAGAUUUCUAUGACAAGAUGGAAAAAUCUGGUCAGUUGAAGCCUGGACAAAGGUCAAAUUUGAUUUACCAGAGACAAACUAGUGAUACCCAGCGGCCUGAGAGGGGCAGAGGAAAAUUUCCAUUUCCAAGAGGAAGAGGCUUUGUCAGAGGUGGGCGUGGUGGUCGAUAUAUUGCUGGCCAUGCGGGAUAUGGUGGCAAAGAAUACCAUGAGGACUACAAAUGGCAAAGGUAUAAUGAAGAAUACAGUCAAGGAGGUGGAGGUGGGACUCCAUACAGUGAAGGUGACUUUGAAACCGAUUUACAUGCAUAUAGAACUCAGCGAGAGCGUCAGCGUAGUUGUAGUCCCGACCAAUAUAGUGACGAUAUGUAUAACGAAUCAUAUCGUGAAUAUAAGACACGGUAUGCUGAAUAUCCUGGAGGAAGUCCAGGAAGUGACGAUACUUAUGACUAUAAAAACAGAGACGAAAUAUAUUAUAAGGAACGAUAUGUGAUAGGAUCUCGUGAAGCUAGUCCAGAGGGAUCCUUUCAUGGUCGUGAGUGGAGUAAUUCUCCCACACGCAAUCGUGUGAAAGACCCAGAAAGAAACACACCACCGACCCCUCUUGGAGGGGAGGAUACUCAGGACUUUUCAUCACAGGAACAGAGUCCGUCUGAAAUGGACAGUAAAAUUAGUGAUAAAAAAAGAUCAGGAAAAGACGAUUUCGAUAUAACAGAAGCUGAUAUUCAAGAAUUACGGACAACUAAUAAAUAUAGUGCUCAUAGGAAAGAAUCUUUAUCACGGUCAGAAGAAAGAUAUUCUCGCAAGCGAUCAUAUGAUGACUCUUUUACACGAGACUCAAUAUCUAAAGAGGAUACUAGUGUUCGGAAAUUAGACAGACAAUUAAGUCAUGGAAGUCACGAUAAGUUAUCAGACUCUAAAAGAGACUUGUUUCACAAAAUGAAGAAACUUCAGUCAGAAAUCGGUAAUAAAAGUGAAGGACAAUGUAGUUCUAAUAGUAGUGAUUCUGAUCGAGGAUCAUUAACAGGUGGAGAUCUAUCAAAGUUAAAACAUGAACGACAACUUCUGUUAGAGAAAAUUAAAAUGUGUGAAGAUACUAAUAAUAGUGACAGUGAACGUUUGGAUUUAGACGCUUUGAAAAAAUCCCCAUUAAAAAGACCAAGGCUGGAUCCUUGGUCAGGGAAAAGUGCAAGUGGACAACGGCUUCAGAGUGAACUUGGAAGUGUGAUUCUUGGACCUAAGAAAGAGAAAUCAUAUGAUGUUUCCCAGAGUUAUCGUAAACAAAUGGAAACUAUACGUAAAAAUGAAGAAAAAUCUGUGAAAGAUGACUCUUUUAAAUCUAAAAAGAACGAUAUAUAUAGUUAUGACGAUGAUAAGGAGGAUUUAAUUCCACAGGGAUUACUUUCACCGAAAGAUGUACCAACAGCAUUUGUGAAAAAGCGUAAAAAGACUGAGGUGUCUGAUGAAAAAAGCAGAAUGUACCGUCAAAAACGUGAAAUAGAAGAUGAACGUAUGAGUAGUGACAAUGAGGAAAGUGCUAGAAAUGUUACACGAACUGAUUCAGUGGGUUCAUUAGGGAGUAUACGUCGUCUUUCUAGUGGACAUUCGUCACCACGUACACCUAUUACAGGUCAUCUGUCUCUUGAAAGUAUUGAUCAUAGACUUAGUGAAUCUGAACAGUCAUUAACGUUUAAGAAACUUGACUCGUCUGGUAAACGACGGAGUAAAGAUGAUCAUUCUAGUCCUGUGAUUAUUCCUUUAGGAGAGGACAUUUUAGUGACUGAUAUUCCUGAUCCCCGUGUGCCAAAAGAAAAAUGUGAAGAAGAUUUUUGUCUUCCACUACCUAAAUUUGCAGAGUAUACUCCUCCUGUUAAACUAAAUUCGCCACACUCGGAAAAUUCGGGAGAUGUUUCGAAAGAGGAUUCUCCAUGUUUUUCACCUCCAAGUAGUGGCAGUAAGAACGAAUCACCACAGCUAUCACCGAAUGACACCAAUUCUGAGGAGUCACAUACUCUUAGUAAUCAAGAGCCUACUUAUAUACCAGAAGAAAUUUCAAAUAAUUCAAAUGAACCAUCUAUUGAUACAUUGGAAAAUCAGGAUAUGGAAGCUGUUAAACCUCAUACUGAAGUAGAUUUGGACGAAGGUUUAUCCGAUGGAAGUGAUCAUAAUGAUGAUUUUUGUCUUGAAGAGCGCAUUCGUAAACUGGAUGAAAAACUAAAUCAGCUUCCUACAACACAACCAUCUAAACUAGGAACUGAAAAUGUGUCAUCUACUUCAAUUGGAAUAAAUAUGUCAUCGUCAAAUCCACCAUCAAACAUUUACUCUAAGUUUAAGAUUAAGAAACGUCAAGAUUCUAAUGGAGUAGGUCAGGAAGAGAGUGGUGAAAAGGGAGAUAAACCAUCAUCAGAAAUCGUAAAAACAAUGCUUAAUCGUAGUAGUAUAUUUGAUCUCGACUCAAAGAGACUAGAACAAAUUAAUGAGAAAUAUUCUCCGAAUAUGAAAUCGGUUGUGUCAAACGCAGAAGAUUCUCCUAAAGGUGUGACAUUAAGGACUAAAGCAGAGACAAAGGAAAUGCCUUUGUCUACCCUGCCGGGUUCAUUAGCUGGACGUUUGGGGAAUGGUGGGUCGUCAUUCCCAACAUUGUCAGUCAAUACUCAACCAAAUGUACCGUUAAGUGUUAAAAUUGAUGAUAAACCAGUUAAUUCAUUAUCGCCAGGAUCUUUAAAAGGACCUUUUUCACAUGAUCAAAAUUCUCAGGAAAAUAAAACUGCUGAUAUGUGUUCAUAUAAUAGUGACAAUAGAAUAUAUAAUAUAUCCGAUCGAAUGGAUGUACAAAAUCCUGUAAUAAUUAACUAUUCUCCUAGAUUUAACUCUAUAGACAAUGGAAUAAAUAAAACAUCUUUGUCAACGAGAACAAUGGUAGAAUCUGCAAUUGAAUCUGCUGAGAAAUCAGACAAUCUUUCUCCAGUAGAUUCUAAUGUUAAAGUAGAUCCUCGUUUAAAUUCUAAGAAUGCUUUAUAUAAUAAGACGAAUAAAAUUGCUGAUGAUAAUAUGGAUUUAAAUAAGAAGUUUGAUACGAGAAAAUCACCAUCCAAAUCUCUUGAUAUGAAUUCAUCUAAAAUAGAAGUGAAAAGUGACUCUGUACUUAAAAAUGAUAUAGCGUCUGAUCAUAUUUUGGGAAGUAAAAUAUCUAAAAGUGAUAACGGUGAGGAUUCAUCUGCCGAAAUUUCAUCAACUGUUUCAAUUGAACGUAAACGUAAAUCAGAGACACCUUCUAAAAAGGAUAAAAUUAAAAACACUGAGAGUAAGACUAUUUCAUCAACUGAUAUGGAUAAGGAAAGUUCUAAGUCUGAUGUCAAAAGUGGAUCAGAAAGCCCAGAAUCUAAGCGGGCUAAAAUAUCAACACCUGAGAAAGACAAGUCUGAAACGAAUUCACCGACUCACAGUGAAAGUGCUAAAUCGGAUAAACUUAAAAAAGACAGUGAUAAGAAAAACAAAGAAAAUAAAAAGAAGGACAAGUCUGAGUGUGAUUCUAUGAACAAAGAUAAAGAAUUUAAUGAUAAAAAGGAUAAGGACCAUGAUGGUGAUAAAACUAAAAGUUCGGCAAAGAAUGUUGAAAAUGAAAGUAAAGUUGACGAUAAAUCAGUAAAGUUGCCGUCAGAUUUUGUUAAAAAGGAAACUCUAAAUAAGACUGAAGGAAAAGAUAUUGAUAAAUUACAAAGUAAAAAAGAUACUGAUAAAAAAACUGAGCAUAAUACAGCAAAAAAGGAAAAGAAAAGUGAAGGAUCCUCAUCCAAGAAGUCCUCAGAGAGUAAGACAGAUUCAGCUCAUAAGAAAGAAAGUAAAUCUAGUGAUUCUAAGACAAAGGAUAAAACUAAAUCUAGUCAUAAAACUAAAGAUUCAUCAAAACAAAAAGAUGGAAGCGGAAAGUCAUCUGGAAAAGCAUCAAAAAGUGGGUCAACUGAGAAAGUUGAGCAGACAAAAGAUCAAGUUAAAGAAACUGUACCAUCCACAGAAAAUACAGAUAAAAAGGAAACGAAAGAAAGUGAGAUUAAAUCUUCAGAAAAAUCUCAAGAUGCUAAUAAAGAGAAGAUUGAAAAAUCCAGUGAAAUUUUAAAGGAGAAAGAAAAAUCAACUGAUGUGACCAAGGAUAAAACUGUACCAACAACUAGUGAAAAACCAAAAGAAAAAUCUAAUGUAGACAAUAAACAUAAACCUAAGGUAGAUAAGUCGAAGGAAAAAAGUGGUGAAUCGGCAAAACACAAAGCUAAAAGUGAGACUUCUGAACAGCACAAAACUAAAUCUAGUCAUGAUAAUUCAAAAAAGGAAAAGUCGGCAGAAAAAACAAAACAUACAAAGCUAAAGGACAAAACCUCUUCAGAAAAUGUUAAAUCCAAAGACAAAUCUGCAGAAACCAAGCAAACAACUGCAGAAAAACCACCAGAACCUGACAGUAAUGUCAAGAAUGAAUUGAAAACAACUGAUAGUGAAUUGGCAAAAAGUGCUGAGAAAUUAAAGUCUUCUGAUGAUGUCAAGACGAAAGAAAAAUCUGAAAAUGGAAAACAGAAAGAAAAAUCUGGUAAUGGUAGUACUCUUAAAAAAGAAAAAGGUGACCAUGAGAAACCAAAAUCAACAGAAUCAUCAACAAAGACCAAAGAAAAGACGAAACACACUGAUGGGAGUCAUGGUAAAAAGUCAAAGGAGGAUAAAAUGAAAUCUCCAACAGCAGCAUCCUCUAUAGACAAAACAACAAAGGAUAAAAGCCAUAAAGAUAACAAUAAGAAAGAUGAAGACAGAUCAAAGUCAGAUCCCAAGAAAGAGGGAAAUGGUGACAACAAAAGUUCAAAUGCUAGUAAAACCUCAACAGACAGUUCUAACGCUAGUAAAACCUCAACUGACAGUUCUAACGCUAGUAAAACAUCAACUGACAGUUCUAAUGCUAGUAAAAAUUCAACUGACAGUUCUAACACUAGUAAAACCUCAACAGACAGUUCUAAUGCUAGUAAAACCUCAACUGACAGUUCUAACGCUAGUAAAACCACUAACGAGGGAUCUAAUUCAUCUGACAAAAAAGAGAAUAAUGGAAAUAACCAUGACAACAAGUCAGAAAAAUCUGAGAACAAGAAUGAUGGUAAAAGUGAGAAUAGUUCAGGAAAUACUGACUCUCUGUCAAAAAGUUCUGAUAAGUCUGAGUCGAAGAAAGAAAGAAAGAAAAGUGGAGAAAAUUCAAAAUCAUCGAGUAAGAGUAGUGGUAAAAAGUCUAGCUCAGAAAAGAAGUCUGACAGUAAAUCUAGCGACAGAAAAAGUUCUAAGAAGGACAAGGACAGUAAAAAGGAAGAGAAGACAUCACCAAAGGAAGAUAAACACAAAAAGACACCUAAAAAGGAAGUUGAAUUUGAUUGGUCUGCUUGGGUGGAGGAACCAUAUGUUUCAAUGUAUGAUCGUGUUAAACGGAAAUCUAGUGAAAAAGACAAAGAAAGAGAAAUGCAGGUUACUAUGAAGAGAGGUUUUAAUAACCUAGCAAAGCGUCGCAAUAAUAAGAAACACAAUAAGUUUGGUGACUCUGACGAUUCUGAUUUCUCGCAUGACAGUGCCGAGGAAACUGAUGCUUUUGAGGAAGAAAAAGUAGCUAAACCGAACAAAGAGGUUGUAAAUGACAAAAGUGAUAAUGGACCAAAACGUAAAAGAUGUGUUAUUGACACUUCAACAUCGUCAGAUGAUGAUGAUAGUCAGUUCUAUAAAUCAUUCCAGAAAAACUCUUUAAACAACAAAGAGAAAAGUAAAGGUUUGACAGGGAAAAGUAACAAGCAUUCUGUCAAUGACAUCUACUCGUCAGAUUCAUCAGAAACGGAUAUUGACUUUCCACCAAUAUCUCCUGCAAAGAAAAAGAUCAAAAAGACCAAAACAAAAAGUAAAAAACCUCAGAUACACCAUGACACUGAUAGUGAUUUGGAACACGGCAAAGAAAAACAGAAAAAGAAGAAAUCAAUAUCAAGCAAGCCUAAACCUAAAUCUACACCAAAGAAGAAGUCUGAUGUCAAACCACCACCUGCAACUACACAAACAGAUACACAUGAGUCAGACAUGAUAGAUGUAGAUAGUGAAAUGGACAUUUUUGAUCGAAUAAAAUUGAAAAAUCAGAAAAAGAAAGAACCUGUCAAAGAUCCUGUUACACCUAAUGCUAGGAGGUUUGAUACUACAACAGAUGAUUCUGAUAACCAUUUGUUUUCACCGAAUAAAAGUAGUAUGGCAAAGACGGAGACCAAACCGGCUGCAAAGAAACUCACAAUUUUGUCUGAUCUCACAUCUGAUUCAGAUUCAAGUUUCCCAGAUUUAUCACCUAAAAAGAACUGUGUAACGAAGAAAAAUCAUACUUUGGACAGUAAAAAACCUGCUGUCACUGUUGGUGCUGGGGUUAUAGCUCAAACCAUUCGUAAUGAAGAUCUUGGCGAGAAGAAAGAUGAUAUAAAGAAGAAAGAAAAGAUGAAAAAGAAAUCUAAAAAGAAUGAAAUCAUUAAAUCUGAUGACAAGAAGGUUGGAGAAGAUGGCAAAGGUCUGUUUGAGAAAAUGGAAAACUUGAUUCCUACUCAUGGUGAAUCCAAAGAUAAAAAUGGUAAACACAAGAAGGAAGGGAAAUCUCCAAAAGACCUGCCUUAUCUUGACGAGGAAGAAAUUAGCCAAGCUGAGAAGCUUGUUAAUAACAUGAAUAAACUUGAAAAACCAACGAAGCAUGACUCGACAAAAUUGAAUAAGACAUCCAAACAAGAUCAUGAGAAAACUAGCACAAAGAGUAAAACAACAAAGUUGGACAAGAUGGACCAUACAUUCUCGAGUGAAACGGAAACAGACAAGGAAAGUAAAUCUCAUUCAACAGAUCAUGUGAUCAAAUCUGAAAGUGAAAGUAGAAAAGAUGCUGAUGAUAAGAAAUCUGAUCAAUCAGUCAAAACUAAACCCAAUAAAAUGAAAAAGAAGAAACAUGAUAGUACAACCUUGGAUUCAGUUCUCAAGGUCACACCAGAAGUGUCAGAGAAGAAGGAUGUGGAUACAGCAAAGAAAGUUAAUAACAAAAUAGAGUCCAUUGAUGGCAUUUCAAAGAAGAAAAUCAACAAAAUUGAAAUUGAAGACAUGAUUGCCAAGAAACCAACAAGCAAACUGGAUAUGGAUGAUGGGCUUCUUAAAAAACAUAAUAACAAAGUUGAGAAAGACAUUGGAUAUAAGAUAGGCUUUGGAUUCUUUGAAGACUUCCCAAUACUUGAAGAGUCAAAGUUAGAUGAUAUACCAAAGAAGAAGGAGAAGGAGAAGAAGCAAAAGAAAAACAAAGAUGAUGAGCAAAAAACACCAAAGAAGGAGGCAGUAAAGAGUGAAGGGAAAACUCCCAAAAAGAAGGAUAGAAAGAAGAAAGAUGGUACCACAGAAAUGAUUACAAAAGAAAAUGGUCCUAAGCUGGAGGAACUUGUUGGCAAAUUGGCAGCUGGGGCUAUGCAUAAUUCUGAUGUAUUCGAGUUCCAAGAUGAAGAAGAAGAUGACAACAAACCACUAUUUGCCGACUUCUUCAAGAUGAAAGAAGAAAUGACAAAGAAAGCUGCUGCUACGAAGAAAGAUAAACCAGAUGGAAAGAAAGAAAAUAGGCUUUCUUCUGAGGAAAAAUCUGAGGAUUCUGAGUCUCAUACAGAUAUAGAAGAUGGUAAAAAAUCUGGACACAAAGAUAAAAAGGAUAAAAUUAAAUCAGAAGAAGCUAAAAAUAUUGAAAAGCUUGAGGAAUCUAUUAAAGAUAGUCUUUUUGGUCCAAACCCAGGGAGCAAGAUUGAUGAAACAAGUAUUACAAGCAUGUUCAGUUCAAAGCAUGUCAAAGAGGCUUGUAAGGAAGAGGCCAAGAAUAUAAUGGGCUUCGCUAGUCCAAAGGGAAUGGUGAAAUCUGAUGAUGAGAGUUGUAAAAGCUUGACUAGUCCAACAAAGUCUGAAAUUAUAAGUCCAAAAGAUAAAUAUAGGAGAGACAUGGUCGUUGGUCAUGUAGAUUUUGAAUCCUUUACCGAUAUCCAUAAGAAGGACAUGGAGGUUAAAUCGAAGGAAAUUUCAUCAGCUGAGGAAAAAUGGCAGGAAUUGAUAGCUGGAAAGGAAGAUGCAUACAGCAAGAAAAUAGAUAUUUUCACCGACAAUUUGACAGCCAAGUCGGAUGUUCAUACAGACAAAUGUAAUGAAGAGAAAAAAGGCAAAGUGGAGGAAAAGAUUCCAGAAAAACCAGAAGUACCAGAGAAAUCAAGGGAAGAAAUUGUGGAAGAAGCUGUCUCAAGUUUGCAGAAGAUUACAGAGACGCCAUCUGUUGUCACCCCUGAAGUUGAUAAUUACCAAGAUGGAGACCUGGUUAUUGAUGAGACAACUGCUGCAGUAGAGACAGUCACAGAAGAACCAGUUCUGGCUGAGCAAGCACAGAAUGAGACUGACCUAGCAAUUUUGUCCAUUUUGCAAUUUGAUGAAAAGGCUGGCGUUUUUCCUGAGUCACUGCCUCAACAGAAUUCUCAUGUGGAACCACAGCCAGAAGUGCCACCAGAAAAUGUUGUGAUAGAGCCAGAACAAAUAACAUUGGAGACAAACCCUCUUGAUAGUAGUAUUGGAUCUGAGAAUGACUUGGUGAUUGAUACAUCUGCACCUGAGCAAGUUGAGCCUCAGAAUGACAUCAACUUGCCAAUAACAGCAUCAAAUCAGGAGAAGCCAGUAGUAGCACCAAUUCAGGAGAAGCUAGUGACAGCGCCAAUUCAAGAGAAGCCAGUAUCUGUACCUGAACCAAUAUCUGUAACAGUUGAGCCCAAAAAGGAAACAAUUUUGCCUGCAAUGCCAGCAGUGCAGGAGAAGCCAUUAGAACAUAAAGAAAAACCAAAAUCAAGAAGAAAUCAGAAAGCCAAAGAGCAGAUUGAAUUGCUUAAUGCACAAAAAGAACAACCAGUUAGAUCAGUAGGUCAAGUAGUGAAAGAUAACAACCAGAUGUUUAAUAUUCAACCAGAGCAGCCAAUGCCUGUUCAGCAAGAUUUACAAGCUCAGUUUUAUGGACAGAUAUCAGAUCCCAAACAAAUCAUCUCCAAACAAAUUCCAGAAGUUCAAAAACCAGAACCAUACAGAAAAACUCGCAAACAAAAGGCAAAUGCCAAGGCCAAUCACCAGGUAGAAGUCCCUGGAACCUUUUAUCCCCCAGUUUAUAAUGCAGUUGAUCAUAGCCUCCAUUUGACUCACAGCUUACAAGGUGGUGACGCAAGUGAAAAGGAGAAUGAAGAGAAGUUACCUCAACCAUACAACUUUGAUGCUGAGAAACAUGAAGAUGCAGACAACCUACGUGUAUCUGGUGAUGAAGGAGGCAGCAAUGCCGAUAAACGUACUCGCAGGGGGCGCAAACAACAGAACUACAAGGAGAUGAAUUCUGGUGUCCAUGGUCGCACAACUUCUCCUAGAUCAAGGUCGUCUCCGAGAUCUCCAAGGACUGGCAUGUCACCCAGGCAAGCUUUGUCACCACUUAGUUCACCAAAGGCAGAAUUUACAGCACCUUUUGUAAAGAUUGAAAGACUUCCAUUCAGCUGCAAUAAAAAUGUGAGACCAGAGGGCGAACUGUUGAAUGAAGCAAUUGAUGGGAAACAACAAAUGAUUGAAGCUGUUGAGAAUCAAUCAGAACAUCUAGGUCUUACUGGUACAAAGAAAAUGAUUGAAGAGAUUGUCAAACCUGCUAGCAAAGAGGCCACCAAUGUCUUUGAUUUUGAUGAUAAUGAGCCAGAACUGAAAAUUGUCACUACACCACUCAAGGCAACAAGGCCCAAGAAAGGUCGACGAAAUACCCAAGACACCAUUUUACCUCCACAACCGCCAACUCCUGAAGUUAAAAUUUCACCUAAUGGCCCUAAUCACAUUGUUUCACCUCUUGAAGGCAGAUGGCAGUGUAAGAAAGAUAGUGAAUCGGACAAGAAUGGUAAUCAUCCUUUAAAGUUGAGAAUUGCUUUGACACACACCACCGGGAUGUCAACCAAUACCACAAACAGCAUUAGUAGUAUGAUCAAUACAGCUACCAUAAUAGACAGUACCAUUCCAAGCAUCAAGGAAAAGAAAGAUCUUGAAAGUUUGACCAAAGUCUCUUGUGCCACUACAUCGUCCAUCAUGUCCACUAUUGCUUCUGUAGCAUCCAACUCUGCACCAACAAUGGCGAACUUAUGUAUGGAUAAGAUGAGCAAUGUCGAUAGAAUUAUCGAUGAUGUGUCCAAAGGAAUCUUUGACUGGAAUAAAGGAAACGGUCAGAUAGAACCAACUAAGGAGCAGAUAAUGAUGAGCAUGGCAAACAUGAUGCCCAAGGUCACAGACAGUAUGCCUAUUGCCCUGCAGCCAACAAAGAAGAGGCAUACUCAAAACCGUCACAUAGGAGAACUAGACAUGAUGCCACCACCUAUGACAUCACUGCCAGGACAUGAUCUUGGACUUGCCAAGUCUUCGCCUAGUCUUGUACAGCCACCAAUGGCAUCAUCACCUUUUGGGUCAAAUGUCAUGUCUAUGUCACAAGGUCACCCACCAGUUCAGACUCCUCCAUUAACCUCUGCCAGUAUACCAGUUAGUGUUGCUUGUACCUCAAGCAGUCAUUCAAGCCAAGUACAAAUGGGUGAGCAAGCAGUCACAUCCUUUAGUCAGGCCAGACCUACAUCCCAGAUCACAACCACGAAGAACAAACCUUUGGAUAUGGCACUUAACAUGACCUCUCGUGUCGACGUUAUGACCUCUGCUGCCCAUUCCCUAUCCACUGCAGCUGUCGUUACUCAGACGACCACCACAACAAUAGCUCAGCAUAGUCCUGGACCAUCAGUUGUAAUGUCAUCACAGAAACCAAUGGUCACCAGCAGUGGCAAUACCACAGUUUUGGCAGGUAGAACAGUUACGGUCAAGCCUCCAAACACUGAGGCUUAUCUCCAGCAGAUGGGUCUUCAUCCAUCAGCUAUUCCAUCCCAAGCACCUGUUUCUGCUCACCAAGUUUCAAUGCCAAGGAUGCCAGACAAUAAGCAGGCAUUUCCACAUGGAUUUCUCUCAAAUCCACCUUUCUCAAGACCAGAAAACCUGCAAGAGCAUAGUAGACCGAUUCCAGCUAGUAGUUCUGAAAAACAACCUCAGGUUACAUCAUCUGCACCGACAUGUGUUGUGCAUCCUAUUACCACAUCGUCUGGAAAAACAAUGGAUCCAAAACUAUUGCAGCAUCAACAGAUGAUGCAGGCAUCAGCAGUAAGCCGGGCACCAGUGGUGUCGACGACAAGCAGUGGACACUCAAUUCCACCAGCUCACAUGCAUCUAAGCCAAGCCCUUAUGGAGAAGGAACAACAUAUGCGUAACAUGGUUGCCUUGCAUAAUCAGCCCAUGAUGCACUUGAUGGGCCAGCCGCAUGUCAUGGCAAAUCACAUACAGCACAAACCAGAAAAGACACCCAAAGGGAAACAGUCACAUAAAGCAGAACUGCCACAACCAAAUGAGCCCUUGCAGAGACCACCAAGUGCUCACAGUCAAAAGCCACAGUCAAAUGAACCACAGAGGCCUCAUAGUGCUCACGAAAAUCAAAUGUUGCAGGAACAAAUUAGGAACUUGAUGGGAAAAGGCAUGAUUCAUCCUGGUGCCAUUCCACCACAGAUUCUUCAAAUGUACCACCAACAACAGCAGAUGGCUGCAGCCAAGAUGGAGGAAAAGAAAGGACACAAGAGCCAUCCACCGAAAGAAAUGGUGUCACCUGGCAUUGCUCACCAGCCGUCCAGUAUGUUUGCAACCAGUAUAGCAUCACAGUCGUCUAAUCCUCAGAUCAAGUCUCCUGCUUUGGCACAGACUGCACCAAGUCCACAUCCUGUCUUCUCACAGCCAUCCACAUCUCAGGCUAGACCAAUUAGUCCAGGAAUGAAAAAGCAGUUGAAUGAGAAGUUUAAUCAGAAUCAAUGGACCAGUGAGAUAUCUGAAGCCCAAAGGUCCGGACCAUCAUCUGGUGAACCAUCACCAUCUCCUAAACACUGGGGAUAUAGUGGCAGUCAGCAACCCAAACCGGCUCACCAACAGAAUUUAGACUCCAGCAGUAAGACUCAUCAAGAGGCUAUCCGUCUUAUCGAACAACACAAACAACAAGAAAUGAUAAGGAUGCAGCAGCAACAAGAUCAUGCCAAACUGCAAGAGAUUCAGAGGCAAGAAAUAGAAAGGAGGGAAGAACUAAUACGCCAGGCCGCCUUGAAGUCACGAGAAGGUGUUCCGUCAACAUCAGCCAGUACUUCUCAACAGUCUGACAGAGACCGUCAAACAGCUUCAGUGCCAGGCAAGCCAAGGUCUAGUCACUUGCCUAAUCAUUCAGAAAGUGGACCAAGUGUCAUGGACCCUAGAAAUCUUCACCACCUCCAAGAACUCCGGGCAGGACCCAGAGGUCAUGGUGCAUUUGCUGCACCCUCUGGCGAACUCAUUCAGGGAAUACCAGCACACCUGUACAGGGACCCAGAAUUCCAACAGAGGAUACAUGCUGCUGCAGCACUUCGGAUGCCACAUCUACUCGACCCACAUAUGUAUCCACAAGGAUACCCACUUGGGCUGCCUCACCCGUAUCUUGGACAGGUUGGUGGAUUGCCAAUAGACCAUCCACACUUAGCAGAUCAAAGGCCUCCAUCACAGGGAGGUAGUAGCCAUGGUAUGAGGUCACCACCACCUAGGCAGGCCCAUCAAGCAGUUGCCAAGAGUCCAGCCAUUCCAACCCAGCAGAACAGACAAAUGCCUGAUCCUCCACCUGGUGGAGAGGGGAGCUUACUCAGUCUGUUACAGCGGUAUCCAGUAAUGUGGCAGGGAACAUUGGCGCUGAAGAAUGACAGCUGUGCUGUACAGAUGCAUGUGAUUUCUGGAUUUAAUUCCCUCGUCCAGACGGCUCUCCCACAACAGGUUGUAGAAGGGACAUGCCAGCCAUUGAGGAUUGCCCAGAGAAUGAGACUUGAAGCAGCACAGCUGGAAGGGGUUAUUAAAAGAAUGCAGUAUGACAAAGAUUACUGUAUGCUGUUGGCACUACCCUGUGGAAGUGACCAUGAUGACAUCAUCUACCAGACCAGAGCCAUGUCAACAGGCUUUAUACAGUAUUUGCAACAGAAGCAAGCUGCUGGAAUUGUCAAUGUUGCUGACCCUGGCUCUCAACAGCCUGCCUAUGUGGUACACAUAUUUCCCCCAUGUGAGUUUUCACACGAGACUUUGGGUAGAUUGGGAUUUGAGCUAUUACAUCAAGUUCGCAACCUGAGCCAUCUUUUAGUCAUCAUUACAACAGUGGCUUAGAUUUUAUAAGAUGGUUAUUUGUGCCAUCACGGAAUAUAUCAUGGAUUUGACUCACUCCCGGACAUGACAUUAUUGAACACUGGAUUGGACUGAGGAUAUAUUUCUCAAAAUGACACUGGAUUUAACUUAAAAGUGCUACACACGUUUAAUGUUAAUAAUGGAGAACGGAUUAUUAAAUUGGAUUUUUGUAUAAAAUCAGUUUAUAUAGAUAUUUUUGAUUGGAGUUUAUGUGGAAGAUUAUGUAGAAGGAAAUAACAUGGAUAUAUUAUUAUGCUAAUAUAAUGAUAACAAACUAUGAAAUAUUCUUUAAAAAAAAUACAACUUACAUACUAAUUAUGUAUAUGUAAUAGAAUGGUUUAGAUAACGAGAAUUUGACCAGUUCUCAAUAUGGAUUAUGUAUUACUUAUAUUGGGAUAUACUUGUACAUUUAUUCUCUAACUUGGAUAAUAAAAAGUGCUAGUACUUCAUGCAGUAGUGAAUUGUAUAUUGCUAUUGUCAACUGCUUGUGGAUUUAUUUAAUAAUGUUCUAAUUGUAUGAAAAGACUUCUCGCUGGGAUUAAUAUUUUCAGAGAGAUAAUCAAUUCAAUAUCGUGUUCCAUUAUUUCGGUGGAAUUAAAAUUUCAUAGAAUAUUUCAAUUUGAUGUGGUAUAUAUUGUGAUUGAUGGAAAUUUCUUCAUACACUGGAUUUUUAAAAAUAACCAAGAAUGUUGCCAUUUUGAGUUUUUGAGUUGGCAUUUUUUUCUCAGCUUUGUGGUAUCACGUUCCACAUUCGUGAGGGACAUAGAUAUUUAUUUUUAUUUGUUUUCUCAGGAUUAUAGAUUUUUUUUUUUUAUAUAUUCUGCCUGGAAAGCUGUUCGUUUUUUUGAGACUGAAUGAUGUGGAAUUAAUAACUUUGAGCAUAUUGUGAAUGCUUUUCAAAAUAGAAAUCCAUGGAUAUAGGACUUGAGCCAUACGGCUGGCAUAAUCACCUUGGUGAUAGACACUGUAACAUGUGACAGGACGUAGGUAAUGGCGUCAGUAAUGAUCUCAGUACAUUUAGAAUUGGUGAAUUCGUCAUAGGGCAAUUUUUUUUCAUCGUUAGUUCAUAUUCUUAUAUCAUUAUAAUUAGUUUGAGCAAUGUUUGGAAGGCAGCUUACAAUUCGUUAAAACUUUCGUUGGAAAUUUAGGGAAGUGAUUGUCAAGAAGUGCUGGGUCACUUGUAAUAUUUUAACAGUAUUCUUGAGUCAUUUAGAACAAACUGUAUUAAUGAUUUGCUUGUAUGUUUUCCUUUUCUUUGUUUUCUUUUAAACUGCACUUUUGAAGAUAUAUUUAUAAAUUUUAUAAUAUGAAUUUUUCACUAUUAGAAGUUUUUGUGAACUUUUAAAAUUUAGAAUUUAAAUUAAAGUUUUGCUUUAUAUAAACUUUUUUUCUAAGGUCAGUUUAUAAUGGAUAAUGUUUUUCUAAUUAGUAAAACUUUUUUGUCAAGCUUAGUAAGGAAUUGCAUUGUUUAAUUUUUUUUUCUCAUUUUUUUUUGCAUUUGAAGGCAGCAGUUUAUCAGAUAGACCAUUUUCAUUAUAGCAUUUAUGUCAUUAUUGCUUUCAUUUAUACAGAACCAGAAAUGUAUUCAAAAGUAAAAACACAGAAUUUUCAAAAGUAAAAACAGAUUCUUGGAGAACCCCAAAAUAAUAUCUGCUUAUAUUUGGCCAAUUUUGUAAUAUGAAAUGAACAGAAAAAAUUUUUUUGCUCUAACUCAUCUCAUUAUCAUUUGAAUUUGAGGUUUACUUUAUAAUAGAUAGUUUAAGCAUGCCUAGAAAUAGUGGCACCCAUUUUAUGCGGCAUAAUGUUUAUAUGCCACCAUACUAGAUGUUCAUGUAAUCAAGCUUAGUGUUAUUAAAUAGUUAAAACAUAUCGUCACCUCAACCUAUCAUAUUAAACAGGCCAAAGAUGUGAAUGAAAAAAAGAUGAAUGGAAAAAAAUUAUUUAUUGGGAUGAGAGUGGGUUUUUUUUUGUUAUCUCCCCUUUUGUACAUAAAAACAGUUGUAAAUAAGUAAAACAAAAAAAAACUUUGUUGUGUACAGUUGUUGUUAGAUUUUUUUGUUAAAAGAAACAAUGUAUAAAUCCCUCCUGUACAAAGUGUAAAAUUGAGUGUUAUUUGUAUAUAUAGUUAGCUCCCUUUAACUCUUGGUAGGCAAGAAAUACGGGAGAAUUAAACAUAGACGACCAAUUUACAGUUGUUGUUGAAGUUUUUUUUUGUGUUUAUAUAACUGUGACAAACACUUGCUGUGGACAGCUUGGUUAUUCUGUGUAUAUCAGUUUGAAAUUUAUUUUUGAUGCUUGUGGGACUUUGUACCAGAUUUUGUUUUUUUUUACAAUUUUAAGAUUUCUGUCUUAACUAGUGUCAGAAAAGACACUCUUAUUCUUUCUAUACAGAUUUAACUCUUGGGAAAGCUUCCAGACAUUUUUGGAAAAGAAAAGAUACAUUUUUUAGAAUGAGAGGUUUCCAUAUACAUUUUUUUGGUUAAAAUGUUUUGAGAAAUUCAUUUCACUACGUAGCCAAAUUCAGACUUUUUUAUAUGAUAUGAGCAAAUAGAAAGUGUUUUUUUUUUUUUUUGAAAGAAUACGUAUCUAUUAACAACACUAAUUUUUUCCUAUCCAAUGUUAAUAAAAAGAAAUAACAGAGGACUUAUUCACUUCUAAUAAUCUGGUAGAAAUUCUGACAGCAAGAUUAUGAAAAAAGUGCUUGAAUGUGCAAUGGAGCUGCCAUUUUCAAGUUUUGAUGUAUAAAUGUGCGUGUGUGUUUGUGUAUAUGUGUGUGACUGUCGUAGAUGGAACUGUGAUACUGUUUAGUCUAUACAGAGUUUUAUUUUUGUAAAUUAUUUUGUACAUUAUCUUGGCUCAAUAUUACUUGUACAUUAUUGUAUGUCCCACGUCAUUCAGUCAUCUUGAAGAACUUCCGCUUUAAACAAAAUAAAAUGAAAAUUAAAUAUA